AUGGCACAACUCGGCACGGCCACUGGGCCCGCCAAGCUCAGCACUGUCACCAACCUGGUCAAGAAGCUUUCCGAUGACCUAGACGCCAUCAUCCUGCUUCCCAAAGACCGCGAUCUUGCACUGGAGGAACUCAAGAUAUAUGGGCGAGACCCUAAAUAUGCCGACCCCAUCUUCACAAAGGAGGGCAUCUCCAUGCUCCUUCGACAUGCGUUUCACAGCCCGUCAAGUGAUACCGCGCGUGCCGCCCUUCGCGUAUUGGCGAACGCCAUGCUUUUGAAGCCUGAAACUCGUCAAGUAUUUGUCGACCAAGGCUUCGCACCCAGAGCCUGCAACGACCUCAAGACUGAGAGCUGCGACACCGAGUUCCUCCUCUCUCGGGUCUUGUUUCUGUCAACGUACGAGACAAAGGUCGAUCUUAAGGAGCUCAUCGACAAGCAUCACCUCGCAGAACGCAUCACCGACAAUCUCAGUCGUCAUGCCAAGCAGCUGUCCGGAACUUCCAAGGCCAAGGUUGAGCCCAUGCAGGACAUGGCGCUUAUUGAGACCUUGAAACUCUUGUUCAACAUUACUCACUACUGCGGCGAUGCCGACCACAUCGCGCCGUUUACCCCCGCAGUACCGCAUAUUGUGUCAUUGCUGUGGAAGCAGGACAUCUCAUCAUCGAAGCCACUGGAUCCUCCUUUUGGGCCUCUCAUCAAUGCGCUUCUGAAUCUCAAUCUAGAGGCAGAAAAGAGUCAGGCUGCCAUUUAUCCCAAGGAUGACCCAAACAAGGUCGUAACGCGACUGAUCGAAAUCCUGGACCCCGCCAUGAAGGUAUACCGUGACAACGAACUGGAACCCGUGGUGACGCCACUAAUCAGCGUAAUCCGAAAUAUCCAUGAGCACGCGCCGGGGGCAACAAAGGAGCAUAUCCGGGGCCUGCUCCUCCCGACCGCUGAAGACCGAGAGAACGUUCUAGGCGAGGGAUCGACGCUCUCCGCCAGGCUUCUCAAGAACUCCACCAACCCUACCGCACCCGCCAUACGGGAAGCCAUUUCUCACUUGCUUUUCGACAUGUCAGAUAGGGACGCCUCCAAGUUUGUUGAGAAUGUUGGCUAUGGGUUCGCGUCGGGUUUCCUCUUCCAGAACAACGUUCCCAUCCCUGCCUCAGCUUCAGAGGCGUUCAGCAAGGGCGAUGCCAGCGGCGAGCAGAAACCUGUCAACCCCAUCACUGGCCAGUUUAUUGAGGCGGAGAAGCAUGAGGACCUCCCAGAAAUGACAGAGGAGGAGAAGGAGCGAGAGGCUGAGAGGCUCUUUGUGCUCUUCGAGCGACUGAAGAAAACUGGCAUUAUUGAUGUGCAGAAUCCGGUGGAGGCAGCCAUGAGGCAGGGUCAGUUUAGGGAGCUCAAAGAUGAUGAGGUUGAGGAACUGGAAUGA